AUAACUAACUUGUCUCUCUCUCCCGUGUUGCAGAUCCGACCGCGGCGCCGCGGCUCCUGCUGAGCCCGCCAAGUCUUCGGAGCAGGGGGGGUUGCAGAGCCCCACUCCCCGUCCCCGAUGGAUCCCUGAGCCUGAGCUGUCACAGAAAUGAAGUCCUUGGAACGAGUGUCGUCAGCGUCGGCCGGCGAGGCGGCGGCGUUCUGGCUUGAAGACGACGUCGACGACGAGGAGGUCGACGUGGACGUGGAGGACCGCGACCAAGAUCACGACGUGGAAGAUAUGCUGUUGGGAUCCGAGGACUCGACGUCCACCUCCAGCCUCGCCGGCCACCACGGACGAGGCGGCAAGCAGGGCCACAGCAAGGCUCGGAGCGCAGACGGUUCCGAGAGCUCGGGUAGCGAGCGCAGCGAGCGCUGCAGUGAGCGUGGGUCCGAGCGCGGGCCGAGCGCGGGUGAGCGGCUGAGCGAGCGCAGCGCAGUGGAGCGGACCGCCAUGGCCCAGCUACCGCCCAUGCAGCCGCGGCCCAAGCGCAAGCUGAGCUGCUCGUCGGCCACCAGCCACGCGGGGGCGCACCCCCUACGGCGGCGCAAGUCGGGCAUCUCGGCGCGGGAGAGGAACCUGAGGCGGCUGGAGAGCAACGAGAGGGAGCGCAUGAGGAUGCACUCCCUAAACGACGCGUUCGAGCAACUACGAGAGGUGAUACCGCACGUUAAGAUGGAGCGCAAACUGUCAAAAAUAGAGACGCUUACACUGGCCAAAAAUUACAUCAUGGCAUUAACAAAUGUCAUAUGUGAAAUGAGGGGUGAAGAAAAGCCAUACACGUUCCUGGAUGUAGAUUGUGAAACAAAUGGAAGUGGAAGUGGCAACGAGCAGGGCCCUGAAACAGAUGAUUUGGAACCAAACAACAAUAGUUUGUUCCAGGAAAAUUUACAGCUUGGGAAUCCGAGUGGAAUCACAUCUGAUGCCUGAGGCUUAAUAGUGAGCUUAAUUUCUCGAACUCACUAUCCUCCAUUGAAGAAACGUGCUCGAAGUUCCUUGUGUCCUUAACUGAACUGCAUAGACUCCUGUGGUUAGAAAGUCUGGCCCUAUUUUCGAGACAUGUAUGUGACCAAGAUUUGGAACAGGUGUUCAGCAUUCCAGUGGAUUCUUUGGUGUUGUGCUUCACUCGGCCCUCAGAGAGGGCCCGAAGAGAUGGACCUACUGACGUGGAAAAGUUUUGAAGAAUGGCAAAGUUACUACCAGAGUAAUGUUGAGCAAAUAUUUUAACUUGUACUGGUGGUAUUGCAAGUACAGAUCAUGAAAAAGACAACUAAGUUUUUAAGCAUUUACAACAAGAUUGUUGAGUAGAUUUCAAGCCAGAUAGUUAUCUGGAAGUAAAGACAUUGAGUGAAACUGUUAAAAGUAUGUUGAUGUAUUUUUAUUACAAACCUUUGUGUUUGGGGUUUGAUGUAGAAUUUUAUGUAGGGACUGAUAAAUGAGUUGUGGUUAAUUUCUGGAGACUUACCUUUAUAAUUUCUUCAAUAGAUUGUAGUGAGCAUGCAUUAUAUUCUUGCCGUUAAUUUUAAAUGAACUGAAAGGCAUAAUGAUUAGGAACUUGUGUCAUACCUCAUAUUCAGACUUGCUGGUCACCAGAUAUAUAACCAUGACACAUUAGUUGUUACAAAAUGAUAUUAUUUACGAGUUGUGAACGCUGUGUGGAGAAAAUAUAUACAAAUACAUUCCAUGAAUGUGUGAAUGGGAGUAUGUUUGAGUGUAAAGUGCAAGAAUGUGUGUAGAUGAGUGAAUGUGAGUGUGUGCCUCUGUUAUAGAUAAAAUUGAAUGUAGAAUGUUACAUUUUCUAUCUCAAGCUUGUAGGUGAUGCAAAAGAAUUUGCACACUCAUCUCAAAUAGAAAAGACAAUUAUAGUAUUCCAUGUGUACAAAAGUAAUUUUACAAUCACAAGCAGGAAAGUACCUUUCAUGAAGAAUGUUUGAGAUCUUGAUUGUCAUCAUAUUCAUGGAGUGACAAUUUUUACCUCAGAGAAUUUGUCAACUGAAUUGAGUUUCCUCAGUUUCCCCAGUUACUACAUUUUUCAAUAAAAUGUUCAACAAUGUUAUUUUUAAAAAUUUUAUCAAAAGUUUAUUUCUGUUCUGCUGUUUUACUCUGCUUUUCUAGAAAUUUUAUCUUUUUGAUAGUCCAAAGGUUUGGAAAAUCUAGACAGAUAUUCUUGCCAGGUCAAAAUCUUUCAAGUUGGUUUUUCCUUCAAAUGAUGCUCUCUAGGAGAAAAAUCUCACUUUGGUCUGCUUUUAAGUUACCUUAAACCUUGCCAUAUAAGGAGAGGCCAAAUGAGAAGCAACUUAAUAACCAUAAAAAAAAUUGAAGAAUAAACAAUUAGUCAACUGAAGCCCAAAGAGGUAACAUUACUAACUUCCUGAAUGAAAAAUGCCAGAAAAUACACAGCCUUUGUUCAGAUAUCCAGAGGCAGUUCCUCAGUGCUCAUUGCUCAUGAAGCUGACUUCCUUAAUUUUAUGUUCAUGUGCUUAAAGAGAAAGGAAGAUAACCUUGGCCCCCAUGUAAAUUAUUCUGUAGAUAGCCACACUGUACAUAAUGCCUAUCAGUCUCUUUCCUUUUUUAUGUUUAAAAUUGCUGGUGGUGGUUUCAGAAGAUGAAAAAAAUGAUGAAAGUGAAAAAAUAGAUGUCAUUUCUAUUCUAUUCUAGAUGAAGUACACCUUUAAACCUAAUAUACAUUUUGCUUUCUGUAAUGUGGACAUCUUAAAGCGAUUCUUCUGAAUGCCAAAUAUUGUGUGCCAAGAACCUGAGGACAACAUAAAACUAAAUUUUGAGGCCAAAAUUCUAAACAUGUUAGAGAGAAAUAAAGAGAGAACUUAGAUAAUUUAAUAAUGGGCAAGUAUUACUAUUUGUAAAAGAGAGAAUAAGUAAACAUUGUACCCUACUGUUCAGGAGCAGAUGGAAAAUAGAAAUAUGAACAGAAAUGCAAAGAAGAAAAGCUUCAUUUUUGUCUACAGCAAUCAAUGUGAGAGAUAUGAAAAAGAAAGUACAAAUGCAAGACAGCUGUUUCAGUGCUCACUUCAAUAGUCAUUGAAAAACAUGAGAUUAACGUAAAUGGCGCAGCCAACUUGCAAAAAAUUAAGUUUGAAACAAAAAUAUUCCAAAUACAAAUGUUGACCUAAAGUAAAAUUUAAUCAUUUGGAAAUUUUUGAAGUGGAUUAUUGAAUUAUAACUGGUUGAAGUGAUAAUUGUUCUUAAGAAAAGGAAAUGUGCCUUCCUCACAUUAUUUUAGAUGUAGAUAUUUUACAAAUUUUUCUGGGUACAGCUCACAUAUUGCUCUAAUACAAGGACCAUGUUUAUUUUAAUUAUUGGCAGUGCCCAAUGUUUAAAGUCAUUUGAAGAGUAUCUCUAAAAAAAGCUAGCACAAGGAGCAAAAACUAAAAAGAAAAGCAUUUGCUCAUUUGAAGGGGAGAGUCACGGUUGCACCACAUGUAAAAAAUGUGUACAGGUUAAACAUUAACAAUUUUAUCCAUGCCAAGCUGUUGAGGCAAAUUGACACAGGCUGAAUAUGUGAUUAUGAUGUUAUGUUUACAGCAAUUAAAUGUUGCAUGGGUUUUGAAGCCCAAUUUUUUUUUGA